GCGCGCGUGUUCUUCUAAUUGCGCAUUGAAAAUGCCAUAGUUGGCAAGAAAUCGGCUAAAUUCCUACAACGAGAGUGUUUAAUAAAACGACCACCAUAAUCCACACACAAGCAAGGUUAAGCAGUAAUAAACAACGAAGAAUUAAAAAUCAAUAAGCAGCCGUCUUUUGGCUGCCAACAGCUGGUUUUUUUUUUGGGACAUUUGAGAACGGCACAAGUACAACGCCGGCAAAAGCGAAGACGACGGCGACGACGACGGCUCCAGGAUGGUAUUCGAGGCCGUGGUGGCCGAUGUCCUCAACAAGGUGCUGGGCGAUUACAUUGAGAAUUUAGAUCACAAGCAACUGAAAAUUGGCAUCUGGGGAGGCGAUGUCGUUUUGAAGAACCUCAAGAUACGUGGCAAUGCGCUAGAUGAUUUGGAUCUGCCCGUGCAACUUGUCUAUGGCUACUUGGAUAAACUGGUGCUGAAAAUACCCUGGAAGAAUUUGUACAGCCAGCCUGUUAUUGUUGAUAUUGAGGAUCUCUAUGCGCUUGUCACGCCCAACAACAAUGUGGUCUACAAUGCCGAAAAGGAGGCCAAAUAUGCGAGUGCAGCUAAAAUGGCAGCUCUCGAUGCUCUGGAGGCAGCGCGCAAAAAGGAGCUUGAGAAGGCGACGGCCCAAGUAGAUGCUGGUUUCGCCGAGAAGCUCACCGUCCAAAUCGUCAACAAUUUGCAGGUGAAAAUCGGCAAUGUUCACUUGCGAUACGAGGAUAGCACAACGACAGGGAGUCCGUUUGCCUUUGGCAUAACCCUGCACGAGCUGGAGCUCUACACGACGGACAACAACUGGGACAAGUGCUAUAUGACGGAGCGUGCGCCGCAGGUCUUUAAAAUUGCGAAUCUCUCGUGCCUGUCGGCCUACAUGAACUGCAAGGCAACCCUCUUUGCGCAGAAGGAUCCCAGCACACUUCCCGAACUGUUCAAGUCUAAUAUAGCACGCAAGGACUUCAGACCUUCAAAGUAUUGCUAUGUUCUGGGUCCCAUUUCGUGUAAUGCCAAGCUGAAGCUAAACAUGAAUCCGGAACUGGAUAUACCGGCUUAUGAAAAGCCAAAGAUUGAUUUGUGUUUGGAAAUGGAAACGCUAAACGUCGGUUUAACUAACACACAGUUCCAAAAUAUCAUGCAACUGGGCGAUUCCAUGAAUCGCAUGCAACUGGGUCUACCCUAUCGCCAAUAUAGACCCUUCAAUAUACCUUACAAGGGUCACUACCGAGAGUGGUGGCACUUUGCGAUAACUUCUGUGCUCGAGGUUGAUGUACGUCGUUCGCGUCGCACUUGGAACUGGGAGUAUAUCAAACAGCAUCGUGAACGCUGCAAUACCUAUGCAGAGAAAUACAAGGAGCGCGAGCAGAGUAAGAAGCCGCCUCAAAUGCUCGUAGAGACGUGUAAUAUGUUGGAGCAGGAGCUGGAUGUCUUCAAUUUGCUGCUAAUACGACAACGCGUUAACAUGGAGAUAGCCAAAUCGCGUGAAGCGGAGCCGGCACAGAGUGGAGGCUGGUUUAGUGGUUGGUGGGGCGGUGGUUCUAACACCCAACGAUCAGCUGCCGAGACCGAUGAUAAUAUUGUGCGCAAAUUUGAGGCUGCAAUGACGCCGGAGGAGAAGGCCAAGCUGUACAAAGCCAUUGGCUAUGAGGAGAACGUCAAGCCGCAGGAUGUGCCCGAAACCUAUGUGGCAAUUAUCAUGAAUUUCAAACUGAUCGCUCUCGAAGUUGGCCUGUACCAAGAGCUGAACAAUGAACGAUCGAAUGCCAGCAUCACCAACGAAAUUUCCGGUCUGCCAUCAAUAAUGCUGUUGAGUUUCUCUAUGGCCACGGCGGCGAUAACCCAACGACCUGCUGCCGAGGCCAUUAGCAUAACAGCUGGCAUGAAAUCGCUAAAGAUGACGGGUCAAACGCGGGAGGAUUACACUCCCAUGCUGAUCGAAUCGAUAAUCACCGAUGAAUUCAAUUUGCUGGACAUAUUCUUCGAAACGAAUCCCAUUGACAAGUUAUGCAAUCAGCGUGUCAAAGUCGUCGCUCGACCAUUGCAAAUCGUAUACGAUGCUGAGACCAUACUGAGUCUCCUCAAGAUCUUCCAACCGCCGACCGAUGUGAAUUUAUCGAAAAUCGAGGAAACGGCUGCCACCAAGCUUGUUGGCAUCAAAGAGCGCUCCGCCACCGGCAUGCAGUAUGUGAUUGAUCAGAAAUCGGUGCUAGAUGCCGACAUACUGCUAAUGCCCAACAUUAUAGUGGUGCCCCACGGCGGACUCUUUGUCGAGGAUAUGAAAUCGCUGAUUGUGAUUAGCUUGGGUCAGGUGCAUGUGACAACCACGCCGCACCAGCGCUCCACAGAUCAGAUUCAAACGCUUGUCAGUAAGGGCCAGGAGCACGACGACAUAUUGAAAACAGUUAUGGGGAAUGCGUACGAUAAGUUCGUUGUCAGCAUAAACGAUAUACAAAUGCUGGUGGUCCGUCCACACGAAGAAUGGCAUCGUGCCCUCAACAUGGCCAUCUCCACAGAUAUGCAUGUGCUGCGGCCGACAUCACUGCGACUAACUGCCGCACUCUGUGUGUUCGAUAACGAUCCCCGCUUGCCCAAGAUUAAGGUGGAUAUCAUGCUGCCAGCAGUGCAGGUGAACAUCACCGAGGAUCGUGUGCUGGAAGCAAUCGGAGUUGUCACCAGCAUACCGCUGCCAGAAAGCAACAGCCCUCUCGAAGCACAGCAACCUAUUUUGACACGAUCACGCAGCUCCAUAUCGAAUUUAAUUAAUCGCGAACUCAAGAGGCGCACCAACACAUCGUCCGCCAGGACGGUGCUCGACGAGGAGCUCAUUCAGUACACCAAUGUCGAGGUGAACUUCUCGCUCAACCAACUCUCGAUUACACUGUACCAGUCGUCGAGCAAUAUCACCGGGACAGAUGCAGCUUCUGGCGCGGAAACGCCGUUCGUAACACCUGAGCAGGAAAAUAUGUCUAUCGCGCAAGAAUCAUCCACAGCAAUGGAUAGCAGUGGAUUGAAUAGUGACGUGCUGCUGAGCGAUUUAUCUAGAGCCUCCAAGCAUAUACUCUCCCUGCAGAUACUGCAGCUGGAGGCGUACAUGGCACAGCGCACCUACGAAACCGUCGCCUCCGUCAAAUUGGGCAGCAUUAAUAUUAAAGACACUGAAGGGGAGCAUGUGCUGGACAUCAUUGAUACGCCCAGCUAUGCCAAGGAUUCGAAAUAUCUGCUGACAGUUAAUUAUACGCUGGCUGACAAAACAUCACCGGAAUUCAACACCAAAUACAACUCUACCGAGCAGCUGGUGGUGGCCAAUUUUGAGAUUCUGGACAUUGUGCUGCAUCAGGAGUGUCUACUGCGUCUGCUGAAUACGUCCAACGAUUUUCAGCGCCGUCUCGACGUGAUAUUGAGCAAUUUAAAGCCACGCGAUCACUAUAAUUAUGCCGGCGACGGAGAUGGACUCAAGCAUAAGCUGCACGUCAUUAUGGAGGAUGCCGAAACCAUAAUCAGCAAACCAAUUUCACAGAAUAACACCAAAUUCCAACCUCGGAACACCGUCGUGGAGAGCGUGAAAAUGCGAAUGGUUGCAAAUGUGAAUGAGAUUAGUCUCAAGCUAUCCACAAAGCGUCGACCCCUGGCGUCCAUGCACAUGAAGGACUUUGUGGCAAAUGUUACGCUGAAGAGCUCCUACACCGAGGUGAACGUUUGCCUCAAGGACAUUAUGGUUAACGAUCUAAAUACCGAAACAAUACACAGUAAUAUUUUAAGCAUGGUUGGCCAGGAUGCUUUUAAUUGCCAGUUGGUGCUCUUCAACAAGGAGUACACACACGACUACAACUCGGAUGAUAUGAAAAUAACUGUCGACAUUGGCUGCAUGAAGAUUAUAUUCCUUAACUGGUUUGUCACCGGAGUUCUCAACUUCCUGAACAACUUCCAGGCAGCUCAGCAGGCGCUAAGUAAUGCCAGUGCAGCUGCCGCUGAAUCCGCUCGUCAGGCCACAUUGGAGGCAUAUGAGAAAGCGACACGCAUGAAGCUAAAUGUGCGCAUCAAGGCGCCCAUUAUAGUUGUGCCUGUGGAUUCGCAGAGCAGAAAUGCUCUGGCCAUUGAUUUGGGUUUGCUGGAGAUGACAAACAACACCAGUGAGCUGUCAGUGCCAGACAGGGACGAGAAAGCCAUCAUUGAUGAGAUCAAGCUGCAGCUAAACGAUGUCAAGAUCACCAAGGUGACCAUUCUAGAUGGCAACGAGACGUCUUUCGAUGAAGUGGAUGCGGUCUUUGGAAUGAAGUCCACGCUGAAUAUGAUGAAUCCGAUCAGUUUUACGCUCUCCGUUACACGCAAUUUAUCGAGCAGUUGGUGUAAGCAUGUACCAGAGCUCAAUCUGUCGGGUCACCUGAAGUCCGUUGAGCUAACACUGUUUAUGGAUGACUAUGCACUGGUUAUGUCCAUCUUGAAUCGUAAUCUGAGCGAAGGCCAGAAAGAGUUUCCACCGCCACCCGCCGCCCCACAACCCGCAAAGCCUUCACAGCCUGCAGUCUCGGAGCAACGACGCACACGAACCAGUCCCACUACUACAGUUUUGCCGACUGAAAAGAUUUACGAGUCGCUCAAGUUUAAUGUUCAAUUCGAUGGCGUCAUCAUCAAUCUCAUGGAGGGCGAGAAAAGCGGUUUGGCUUGCUUUGGCAUUUACUUUCUGUCUGUGAAGGGCACCCAGCUGAACAACGGCACCCUGAGCGUUUCCAUUGUCCUCUGCAACAUUCAAUUGGAUGACACGCGCCCAUCGAAUAAUAGCAAAAUCCGUCAGUAUCUCAGCUGCAAAAAUUGGGAGGAGCAAUCAAAGGAUACAGUCCUCGAUGCAUGUCGCAAGGACACCAACUUUAUGGUUGAAGUGACGGCCAUUGUAAAACCGAAUGAUAUCUUUGCUGAGGUGCAUGUGCGUAGCUUCGAUUUGAUUGUGUGCAUUGAUUUUCUGCUUAAGCUGACAAUGUUCCUGUCACUGCCCGAAACUGAUCCCAAAGAGGUGCCAAAGGUUGCCCCAGUAGUGGAAUCAGCUGCACGCGAACCCGGACAUUUUACGGAUCGUGUUUCAGUUCAAGGCGCAGUAGAAACAAAUAAUAAAAUGAAUUUGAUACUCCACAUUGAUCAGCCGGACAUUAUAUUGGUUGAAAGUCUGGAUGAUCUGAAUACCAAUGCCAUUAUCUUCAAUGCCCAAGCACAUCUUAAUUAUCGCUCGAUUGGGGAGAAGCAAAUUAUCAAUGGCGAAAUUGAUGCGCUGAAGAUAUUUAUGUGUGCCUUUUUGCCCGAGCGUCGCGAAUCGACCCGUCACUAUAUCCUACAUCCGUCUGUUAUCAGUCUGCAAGGCUCCACGCCCGAGGAGGAGGGCAUGCACAUCAGCUUGAAACUCAGUGAUAUUAUCAUCAAUGUGUCGCCGGCCACAAUUGAGCUGCUGAACAAGGCAUUGAUGAGUGUUACUGCCGGUGCUGCUGAGAAAGCGGCCAUCGGAAAGGAGCCAGUGGAUUAUACAAAAAUCUGGCAUUCAAAAUCGUUCAAUUCACGCACCUAUUGGUUCACCAAAGUGGAUACGGCCGUCGAUGUGCUUGCUCCGGAACAUCCGGUAGUACGCAGUACUAAGACGGAAAAGUGCGUCAUUGAGGUGCCAAACAUAACAGUUGUCAUUGAGUCGGGCGUGGGGUACUACACAAAGCCGCUCAUCUCGAUGGACACACGCAUGACGGCGGUCUUUAACAACUGGAGCGGCAAUCUCAGCGCACACGGUUCCCUUACGCUCAACAUGAACUACUACAAUCAAUUCCUGGCCGAGUGGGAACCCAUCAUUGAACUAAACGAGGUGGUCGGCCGCAAUGGUGGCAACGAAUAUAUACCCUGGGAGCUGCAGUUCGAUCUGGAGCUGGAGAAAGUGCAAAGCGAUUUCGAUGAACAAGCCGAGGAUCAAAAAAUGAAUAUACGCAUACAUUCCAAGGAGAAUCUGGAGAUAACCUUGAGCAAAACGUGCGUCAAACUGCUCGGCGAACUGGGCGAGGCCUUCUCGCAGGCCAUCGAUAGCAAGGGCCUCGCCAAACCAGAUGUUGUCGCCCCCUACGUCGUGGAGAACGACACGGGCUUCGACAUCACACUGAAUCUGCGCAGUGGCAUCUUCACGCUCCACGAAGUGCAUCGCGGCGGCAGUGCGAUCAACAGUUCCAUUGUGAUGCACUCCCAGCAAGAUGAGCAACUGGUCAAUCCCGACGACAUACAGGACUGCACUAUUUCGGCAGGCGGACGCGCCUACCUGCAAACCAAGGAUAUGAGCACAAUCUCAGAGGAACAGGCCGAGGAUUACAAUCUCUAUGUGAAGAUAAGUGGCAUUAACGAUGAGGUCGUCCUGCCCGUCAGCAAGGCUGAUACGCGCUACUUCCCGCUAACGCGCAUUGCCCAGCAGGAGCAGUGGGCUAUUGUAUCCGAGGUCAAACAGGAAUAUGGCACAACCAAAAUUAACAUUCAUGGCGUUCUUAGCAUUACCAAUCAUUUCACGACACCCAUCCGUGUGCAUCGUCGCAGGCUGGCCGAUAACAGCGAUAUACUUGUUGGGUACGCGCAACCUGGUGAAAUUUUCCAUGUGCCCCUGCACGCCAUCUAUGCAGAGUGCAAAGAUCUCUACUUUUCGCUCAAGGGUUACAAUACAUCGGUUCAGGGCAUCUGCUGGAAUACGAGUCCAUCCGAUUUGAACUAUUCACAGCAGCUGCAAUGUGAUCCAAUCGAUACAUUUGAAGCGCUCUAUAUCAACAUCAGACGUCGCAAGCAUGAGAUUUACUUUGAGAAUAGCAACAAGUAUCGGCUGCAGAGCGCCUUCUACACCAUUCACCUCCGACCACCGCUCUAUCUGCGCAAUUCGUUGCCCAUUGAUAUUAAGGUCUCGGUGGCUGGCUGCUCGGGCCAUGAAAGCCAGAUGGAUCCUGAAAAGCGCACGUCACCGGAUGGGUUAGGGGUAGAGCGAUACCAGAAAGAGGACUUCCUCGACUAUGGCGAAAAGGAAGUUAAUCCCGGUCAUGUGCUGCAUCUGCCCACAGUGCGUAUGUUCCAAAAAGGCAAUGAAUCGAGAAGUGUGCUUGUCGUGCGCCUAAUACAAUAUCUGGAGAAGGAUUGGUCCUAUACCACAGAGAUUUCCGAUGGCGAUAGCGAAGUUUCCAUCUGGAAGUUUUCCUCAUAUGAUUCUGAAAUAAAAAUGGACAUGGAUCUUUAUGUGCGGACCGAUAAUCGCUAUGGCAGCACUAUGCUGACGCUCUUCAGCCCCUUCUGGAUGAUUAACAAGACGGGUCUGAUGCUCACCUACAAAACGGAUAUGUCAUCCGUAGAGGUGCUAUAUCAUCCGCCCGAGUACUCCGGCCCCAUACUGUUCACCUUCCGCGACAAAAUGUUCUUCGACAAGAAGAAGGCCUCCAUUCGCGUCGACAGUGGCGAGUGGAGCGAGAAGAUCCCACUCGAUGUGGCCGGUUCGAUUGGUGCCGUCACCUGCAAUUCGAACGAUCAGAGCUAUCAGAUUGGCGUGCACAAUCAUUUGACGCAGAAUUCGCUGACCAAACAGAUCACAUUCAUACCCUUCUACAUAGUGCAUAACAAGUGUAACUUCAAGAUCGAACUGCAGGAGCAGAAUCGUCCUGGUGAUCACUGGCUAGCACUCGAGCCGCAGGAGUACCAACCACUCUGGCCCAAAAACGAUUCCGCACACAAACUGAUCGUGCGUGUGGAGAACAAAAUAACGCCGGCAUUUGAUUACACGGAGGUUACGUGUACACUGCUAAAGCUGGACGACAUUCGUUACGGCGGCGUCAAUGUGGAAGUGCAGACCACUGAGGGCGGCGUUUAUAUCAUCUUCACCGAGUACCAGCCAUCGGCAGCGCCUGGACUGUUAAUCAAUCACACCAGCAGGGACAUUGUCUACUACGAGAAGAACACGAAAAUCGAGCAUGUUUUGAAGCCCAAGCAUAGCAUUCUCUAUGCCUGGUGCGAUCCAACGGGUCCAAAGCUUUUGGUCUUCGGCAAGAAUAAGCAGGAAACCGAUCUGAAACGCGAUCAGAUCGAUAAUCUUAUCUUGGAUAAUGGCAGCACAGCCUACUGGGUAUCCUUCCUGGAUGGUCCACAGCGUGUGCUGCUCUUCACCGAAAUCAAAUCGAUUGCCGAGCGCACAGAGAGCACUGCCGGGCUGCAGACGAUCACUCGUAGCAUUGAUCUGCAUAUACAUGGCAUCGGUAUCUCUGUGGUAAACAAUGAGACGGCCCUAGAUAUACUCUAUGUGGGCAUCACCAGUUCGGGCGUUAUAUGGGAGGGGCGUAAGCCGACCAAGAAGCGCUUCAAGGAAAUGACUAUACAGGACUCGGAGCUCCUUGAGGCUGAAUAUCAACGCUAUCUUGCACACAAAGCGAUCAAAGAUGUGCAAACCUAUACUCUGAAUAACAAAUAUCCGAUAAACUUUGAUACAAUGACGCUGACAAAGAAUGUGGAUCGACGUAUACAGCGUAGCUUCAAUCCGGCUAUUUGGGUGUCGAUGAAUUCAUCACCGUUCCAAAAUCAACUGCAUGUGAAAAUUAAUCGUAUACAGGUGGACAAUCAAUGCCCCGAUCCCAUAUUCCCCGUUGUAUUGGCCCCAAUAGCACCGCCGAAGAGCGUGGCCAGUUCCACAACGCUGAAGCCCUUCAUCGAAUGCAGCAUGGUGCAGCGCGUCAUGCCCAAUUCGGAUGUGAAGCAGUAUAAGUAUGCGACAAUACUGAUACAGGAGUUCCACUUUAAGGUGGACAUACUGUUCCUAACCGCCAUUGCGGAGAUGUUCGCCAAUGAAGUGGACGAUGAACAGGCGGCCAAAUUGUUCCGCGGCGAUGUGGAGUCCAUUCAACUGCCUCUGUCCGCUUUCUUCGAGCAGCACUCGCAACAGGAGCAAAAGAAUUUCUAUGAUAAACUGCAUUUGGGCCCACUGAAGAUACAUGUUAGCUUCUCGAUGGCAGGAUCCGAUACGACAGCGCUGCCUGGCUUCCUUGGUUCCCUUGUCCAAGGCGUUGGCGUUACGCUAACCGAUGUUAACGAUGUCGUCUUUCGUUUGGCCUUCUUCGAGCGCGAGUAUCAGUUCUUUACUCAGCAGCAGCUCAUCAAUGAGGUCCAAUCACACUACACGGGCCAGGCGCUCAAGCAGCUAUAUGUGCUAGCUUUGGGUCUCGAUGUGCUCGGCAAUCCGUAUGGCCUGGUGGUGGGCCUUAAGAAGGGCGUCGAGGAUUUGUUCUACGAACCAUUCCAGGGCGCCAUUCAAGGACCUGGCGAAUUUGCUGAGGGUCUCGUGCUCGGCGUCAAGUCGCUCUUUGGCCACACUGUGGGCGGCGCUGCUGGCGCCAUGUCCAAAAUCACUGGCGCCAUGGGCAAGGGCCUGGCUGCUUUGACCUUUGACGAUGAUUAUCAGCGAAAGCGCCGCCAGGGCAUUCACAACAAGCCAAAGAACUUCCACGAAGGUAUCGCGCGCAGUGGCAAGGGUCUGGUCAUGGGCUUUGUGGAUGGCGUCACGGGCGUUGUUACCAAGCCCGUGAGUGGCGCUCGCGAGGAGGGCUUUGAGGGCUUUUUCAAGGGUCUGGGCAAGGGCGCCAUUGGUCUGGUGGCACGCCCCACUGCCGGUGUUGUCGACUUUGCCAGCGGCAGCUUUGAGGCUGUCAAACGUGCCACCGAAGGCAGCGAAGAUGAGAAACGAUUACGUCCGCCACGCUUCCAGCAUUACGACAAUGUGCUGCGACCCUAUUGCCAAAGCGAGGCCCUCGGCAACAAGAUGCUAAAGGAGCUGGACAAGGGUAAAUUUGCGAGCACCGACAGCUUUUUACAUUGCGAGGAGAUUGUGCAAAAGGCAGAGUAUCUGAUAGUCACCAAUCACCGCCUACUCUACGCACAGCGCAACGAUAUGUUUGGCAUUUGGGUGUCCAUGUGGUCCUAUCAAUGGGAUGAGAUUCAUAAUAUUGCCGCCACGGCGCGUGGCGUGCAAUUUAUGGUAAAACGCCCCGAGGGCAAACGUGUCCUGGGCCUAUUCUCCUCAAAAGAAUCACCAUGCAAGUUGGUGGUACUGGCCGAUGAGCGUAAACGCAAUGCACUCGUGGAAAUAAUGGAAUCUCAACGGAAGGAUAGUUCCAUAUGCCGUUUACCCGGUUUACGUUACUCAUAAAUGAAUCUGUAGACAAUAAGUGUAUAAUAUUAAUAAUCCCCUAUAUCAUAAUCGCAGUGCUUACGCAACGCUUACACAACAGCAUGGCAAAAACUACCUCGCUCGUAAUCAAUCUCUCAAGCGUUUCAAGCAUACACACACUACACACAGACAACUCUCACACCCCACCCCACUCAUGUAUAUUAUUAACAAACUAUGUUUUGAUAUUAAAAAUUUUAUGUCAAUGUUGAGGAUAAACAUGAA